AUGAGCGAGUGGAAAAGCCCAAUCUGCCUGAAAGUCAUCCUCAUUGGAAACGCAGGGGUGGGAAAGUCCUCCUUCAUGAACAGAUAUGUCAACUACCGCUUCACCAGCUCCUACCGGGCCACCAUCGGGGCUGACUUUCUCUCCAAAGAAGUAAACAUCAGCGAGAGGCCGGUCAUCCUGCAGAUCUGGGAUACGGCGGGCACCGAGCGGUUCCAGUCCCUGGGCACGCCGCUGUACCGAGGCUCCCACUGCUGCAUGCUGGUGUUCGACGUCACAUCCAAGGCCAGUUUCUCUGCCCUGGAGGUCUGGAGGGAGGAGUUCCUGAUCCAGGGAGAGCCUCUGGACUCGUCCAACUUCCCCUUCAUCGUAGUGGGGAACAAAACGGACCUGAGCAACCGAGAGGUGUCUCGGAGGCAGGCGUUGCAUUGGUGCGAGCGGAUAGGUGCACAGUACUUUGAAGGAAGUGCCAAAGAGGAUGUGGAUGUUGACAAGGCUUUCCUGAGCGCGGCUCAGGCUGCUUUACAACAGUACAAAAAACACACAUUGGAAAAUACAGGACAUUUCCAGAUAACCUGCAAACAGCCGAGAGAAACUCGCAACAACUGUCAGUGCUGA